AGUCGGAGGAUCCAGGGGUUUGGGAUGGAGGAGUUAAGAGCUGGAAAACCCGGAUUGGGUUUUCUCCUCCAGGUGUGGUGACCCCCGAGAUGUUCCGGGAGCUGCAGAAUUCCGAGAUCAUCCAGCAGCUCACGGAGAAGUUCAAGGAGGAUUCCCCGGAGUACCCGCUGUCGCUGAGCUCGCGGCCCUGGCGCCGGUUCCGGGCGGGGCUGUCGGAGCUGGUGGCCGGGGUGGUGCGGAGGGGCCGCCACGCCGUGGUGUACGACGGCUUCCUCAUGGACUCGUGGCUCGCCUUCCUCACCGGCCUGUCCGACUCGCAGGUGCGCGCCUUCCGCCACACCGGCACCCUGGCAG